UCAAGGAGUUACAUGCGAAGCGCGUACAGUCGUUACGAAAGGAAUUGGAUUAUCUUAAGGCAACGGAGUGGAGAUAUCAACCAAUAGAUCGGUACCUAGAUAGGAGCCAAAGAAGUUAGACACAAUGGCUUUGAUGGUCACCUGGAGCCUGAUUCAAUAUAUCAUAAUGUAUGUGAAAAAAUAUUCGGAAAAAACUGAGAUCGAAGAUAUAGACAAAGUUAUAUCUCGUAUAGAACGCGCGAGAGAUGAAGAAACUGCGGAAGAAGAAACGGUGGACAAAGAAGGAUGUUAUUACAAAACAGGAUGCAUCACCCGUGUUACCCUGGAUCAUGUCCUGAUAGAUGAUCGCUACGCGUAUGAGAAAAAUGACAAUUUAAGCAGCAAUCUGAAUAUAGGCGAUAAUGUUCACUAUUUGGCAUUACUGCGGGAAGCAAAGCUAAAAGUAGUAAAGAUUAUCGAUGUGAUUGAUGGUGAAUCCUGGGAUAGCCCACAAUGUAUAUCGAGAAACGAUGAGAGCAGCCAACACAGCAACAUGAUACAAAGAAGCUUGAUCGCCAGAGUGACGGGACGCGAGGGCCGUGUCAUCAUCAUUGAACCGAACAAUAUUCACAUCAACUUGAAUAAAAUACAAUCCGAAUUCAUUCCUCUCAUCGGUGACUGGAUAACUGUGGAGUCUUUGGUUGAAGUAAACGAAUCUUCUCCGGAUCUGUGCGGUGAGAUCUUGGAAGUAGAUAAAAUCAAGCCACUGCGAUCCAAACUGGAUGUAGGUGUGAUAACCAAGUAUGAUUCGCUGAAUCAAGUAGGAGUAAUCGAUAAGAAUGUGAUAUUUCAUAAAAGCGCGUGCGAACCGGGUUAUAUUCCUCGUGUCAAUGACAAAGUGGUGAGCGAUAGCAUAGAGAGUGAUCAGGGAAUACACAGAUGGAGGUCAUUAACCGUAGUGCCGUUAAUCCUGGCAGAAGACAAAACUUCUCAUUGGUCAUCCGUAAGCAGUUUUUAUUCCAAACUGUCGGACACAAAUGACUUGUUAAAGAAUAAAAACGGUAUUGUCAUAGACGACGAGUUGAAGUUCAAUUUGGAUAUAGAAGAAGAGGGUACCUUGACGGUUGCGAUACGUAAUACUAGCAGCGAUGCUCACGUGUUGCGAGAGAGUCGCUUCGUGCCGCAGAAAACUCCGUCUCAGUUAACAGUGAUCACAUCGCCGACGGAUAUGUGUGCUAGUACGUUAGUAAUAAAUCCCGCUGAAAGCGCUUCAUGCACGUUCAAGUGUAAAGCAAAAUUCGUCGGUAGAUCCGAGGAGCUGUAUAUCUUUAACUUCGAAGACUUCAAGAUCGGUAGAUUGUUUCAUAUAACUGUCAAUGCGAGAAACCUUUCACAAAACGCGCCUUCCGCGUCCGUCGCGCUAAAGGGCCGACGGAAAGUCAACUUUGACAAUUUGAAUGAAGAAGAGGACGUACUGACAUAUAUUCCUGGAGUGAGACCGUUUAAACCGCCUGCUUUCGUUAAAGUACGUAACGGAGUCUUCAAGGUGCCGCGAUACAUUUGGAACGUGAUCUCGAACAAUGUGCAGAAUGACAAAUCGCAGAUAGAGUGUGAAAUCGCACUGUCGGAUGAAAUACCGUGUCUUCUGAAACAACUGACCUUUGAUACGUACAAGGAACGUUUCCACAUUUUGUUGUAUCUGGAGGAGAUAGCUCAGACGCUCAACAUUCAACAAUACGACAUGAAAGGCGCGACCAUGCGACGGUGCGGAGAUUAUCUUGUGCUAGAAGUGCCGGGGCUAGCAGAAAAACGGCCCUCCUUGCUGGUCGGUGAUAGAGCCGUGGUAUCCUUUGAGUGGGAUACGUCUCAAGGAAAACUGAAAUACGAGGGCUACAUCCACAAAGUCGGGAGCAACGAGAUUUUCCUCAAAUUUAACAUGCAGUUUCACAGUGAUUACAACAACGAAGCUUGCGAAGUGACAUUUAAGUGUUCACAGACCACGCUUCAGCGUUGCCACAACGCUGUUAAUUUGGCCCUCAAUCGUCUCGGGCCUGAUAUUCUGUUUCCUACCAAAGUAGUGGAGAAGGAGCCGCAGUUUCACUUGGAGGAAUACGAAGUCGAGGAGAAACCCGUUCGUUUCAUGCGAAUCGGUAACAGAGCAAACGAAUCCAUGUCAUCCGCCGGUUCCUCUAACAGUAUCGCUUCUGGCAGCGAAACGUCCGUUGAGAGUACAGUCUCCAGGACGUCUCCAAGAAUGUCGGUGGUAGAGAGGCUUUUCAACGUUAAGCUUAUCGAAGGGUCGCCCGAAGUGAUCGCGAAGACCGCGGAAACGCAAUCGACGAAUCUCAAAACGAAUUUAACGAGUUGCAAUAAUGAAACUAAUAUCGCAGUCAAUAACGCAGUUACGAAGAAAGCAGGUGAAGAAACUACCCAGAACGACGAAUUGCAACCCUAUAUCAACCAGAUAAAAAGGCGCAAAUUAAAUUGGUACAAUAAGAAUUUGAACUAUUACCAAAGGGAAGCUGUGAGGAACAUACUGAAGGGAUUAGCACGUUCGCUACCCUAUGUGAUAUUCGGUCCGCCCGGAACGGGCAAGACAAUAACACUUUGCGAGACGAUCCUGCAACUUUUCACCGUGAUACCCGAGAGCAGACUUUUAGUGGCCACACCGUCGAAUAGCUCGGCGAAUUUAAUCGCGGAACGUUUGCUGGACAACGACGUACUGAAGCCUGGUGACCUGGUGCGAUUAAUCGCUCAUCAUUGCUUGUACGAUAAUUCUAUACCCGCGCGAUUGCUGCCUUACUGCGCAACAGCGGAGUUGGGAGAGGAACGAAGAGGGCAUGACGAGAGAGUGCGUUGCGACAGUCCAGGAAAGGGGCCCAGACUGAAUUGUACCAUGUCUGUGCUGGGUCGUCAUCGAAUCACCAUCGGCACCUGCAGCACUUUGGGACUAUUGUACAAUAUGGGUUUCCCACGUGGUCACUUUUCUCAUAUCCUGGUGGACGAGGCGGGACAAGCGACCGAGCCGGAGAUCAUGAUACCGUUGAACUUCAUUCAUUCCGAUGAGGGCCAAGUGGUUCUCGUGGGCGACCCGAUGCAGCUCGGACCGGUAGUGCAGAGCAAACUAGCUAUGCGCUUUGGAUUAGGCGAGUCGUUCCUGUCGAGGGUACUGCAUCAGUUCCCGUACCAGAGAGACGACGAAGGUUUCGAGAAUUAUUACGAUCCGAGACUCGUCACGCAGCUCCUCAUAAAUUAUCGCAGUUUACCCGAGAUAUUGGAGCUGUCAAAUUCAUUGUUUUACCACUCGGAAUUGCUGCCGCAAAUAUCGUCUAAGAAGAGCCAGGAAGCUAAGCUCUUAGAAACACUGAGAGCGGAGUUGCCCGAGAGGAACGGAUCACCGCCGGCUAUCGUCUUCCACGGGGUCGAUGGCGAGAACCUUAGAGAUUCCGAAAGCCCGAGCUGGUACAAUCCUCAGGAAGCGACACAAGUGUACCUCUACUUGUUGAAAUUGUACAAGUAUGGACUCGAGCCGGAUGACAUAGGAAUUAUAACUCCUUAUCAAAAGCAGGUCAUGCAGAUCAGAGACCUGCUGUUUGAGUUAGAUCUCAAAAUACCGAAAGUUAGCAGCGUGGAAGGAUUUCAAGGGCAAGAAAGGAAAGUGAUUAUUCUCUCGGCUGUCAGGUCGUGCAAUAAUUUAAUCGACGAAGACAUUAAGCACGCUCUGGGAUUCGUCGCUUCGCCAAAAAGACUCAACGUUGCGAUCACUCGCGCUCGCGCUCUGCUGAUCAUUCUCGGAAAUCCCAAAUUACUCUCCAUGGAUCCACAUUGGAGGAGUGUUUUGAUACACUGUAUGAAUCGUGGUGCAUACACGGGAUGUAAUUUUCAACACGAUUUCUGCAUAAACAAAGUUUCUUAACUACAAAG